AUUUGCUUGGCGGUGGUUGCGUGAAGUCAGAUGACCUGUGACUCAUCUCAGAGUCCCUGAGGCAGGGGCACACCCAGCAGGGGUUUUACCUCCAACAAUGGGAUUGGAGAAUCAAAGUUCCUCUUUUCUACCCCCCCCCUUUCAUUUGGUCCUCUGUUAAAAAGCAACAACAGUGACUUCCUGUGGCAAAGACAAACUCCGAAAACUAGCUGAGUGUGCAUUUGAGAAAGAAAGCGGUGGUGGAAGGAAGCAGAGGAGCUGGAAACGCACUCAGAUCUCUGCCAUUUAAGCAGCCUUUCCCUCCCCCCACCCCCAUCAUGGCUCUUUGGCUUUGGCUUCUUCUGGCUUUCCUGAGGGCAAAAGAUGCAGGAGCCCAAGAUUUAGGCUUCAAGGCCUGCACGCCGCAAAGCCUCAAUGGAAAAGUGCUGGAAGUGCUGCCUGGGGGUGGCUGGGACAACCUGCGCAACAUCGAGAUGGGAAUGGUGAUGAGCCUCAACUACUCCCAGUGCCGGACAACGGAAGAUGGUGAAUAUCUCAUCCCCAAUGAUGUCUUUGUGGUGCCGCUCAAGAAGAGCACGGUGGAAGUGCACUCAGAGCUUAUUGAGGACUGGCUGACCUAUACCGAUGCCUUUGCCUCCUCCAUCAACGCUGAGGCUUCAUUCCUUUCUGUGCUCAAUGGCAAGUUCUCAGUUAGCUCCCAGGAGACCAAGAUGCACAAUGUCUAUGAUGAGACGGUCACCACGCGGGUGCAGGCACGGUACCACAUCUACUCUGUGAAGGCUCAGCCAUCGUUCACCUUCCACCGAGACUUCCGCUAUCAGCUGGUGAACAUAGGCAACCACCUGGAGAACAACCAAAGCCGGACCGCUGAGUACCUAGCAGAGAUGCUCAUUCUCGGCUAUGGCACGCAUGUUCUCACCACUUUGGAAGCUGGAGCCAGCCUAAUACAGGAGGAUCAGGUGAAGCGCAGUUUUUUGUUGGACAAAGAGUCAGAGAAAGUAGGAAUCACGGCUGCUGCAUCGGCCACUUUUUUCAGCAAGAUCAAUGUGGGAAUUAACCUCUCUGUGCAGGUCUGGGAUGAUCUGACCAAGGGCUACUUGGAGAACACUGUGGAUUCCAAGGUUCAGAGCUGGGGUAGCGUGCCCUUCUACCCUGGCAUCACCCUCCAGAAGUGGCAGGAGGGCAUCGCCAAUGGCUUAGUGGCUAUAGGCAAGUCUGGGCUGCCUCUGCCAUUUUUCAUCACUCCCGAGGCCUUGCCAGAACUGCCCGAGCCUACCGUUCGGCGUGUGGCCGCUACAGUGGGAAAUGCCAUCCGUCUCUAUUAUGCCGUCAACACCCACCCAGGCUGCGUCAAGCCUGAUUCGAGCAACUUCAACUUCCAGGCCAACGUAGAUGAUGAGUCGUGCCACAAUUCCAACACUAACUUCACCUUUGGUGGCGUCUUCCAGGAGUGCUACGGCAUAUCUGGGCAGGACACAGAGGAGCUUUGCCAAGCCUACCGCAUCCAGAACCCACUGACGGGUAACUACUCUUGCCCAGCUAACUUUUCUGCUGUCCUGCUGCAUGGAGAGCAACGUACAGUCACCAAACCCAAGCCAGAAUGCCAUGAUGAGUGCCAUUCCUGCUGGCUGCUGUUUAGCUGCUGCAGUCAAGUGUGCGGCAUCCGCUACUACCCCAGCACAGUGAGGCUCAAUGGCUACUGGUGUGCUGCGACAGGCCCAGUGCCUCAGAGCUCAGGUUUCCUCUUUGGAGGACUGUAUAGUACUGGGAACGAGAACCCAGUUACAAACACUUACACCUGCCCAGCCUACUUCUUCCCCCUGGUACUGUUUGAACAUCUAAAGGUGUGUGUCAGCAAUGACUAUGAGAUGGGAUUCCGUUAUGGGGUGCCCUUUGGCGGCUUCUUUAGCUGUGAGGCUGGCAACCCCCUGGCUGGGGUCCUGAAAGAGCAGCGGCCUGGGAUCCUCCAGGAUUUUUUCUACCAGGACUCCCCAACCAAAUUCCCCAUGAAAUGCCCAGCUGGACACAGCCAACACAAGGCCUACAUGAGCGAUGGCUGUGAAAUCCUCUAUUGCUUGCAAGCUGGGACGCUUUUUGCCCAGCAGCUAGCUGCCAUCAAGCUCCCACCCUUCUUGCGUGCACCGUCCUCUAAUGACAACCUGCCCGAAACCAUCCUGGUGCGCUCCGAUGGAAACCAAGCCUGGGUGAAGAUGCGUCACAGUGGGAUCUGGAAGCUGGCCAAUGCCAAAGACGAGAAGGAAAUGGCUCUUCUUUUGCAAGAUAGUUCGAGGCUGUCAGGGGGCUCCAUCGCUGGAAUUUCAGUGGCCAUGAUUGCUGUCUUGGCAAUUGCCACAGCUCUCAUAAUUUACCGAAUCCGGCGCUACAAGAACAGAGGGUACCAGGAGGUGUCUAAUGAGCAUUUAGUAGAGGACCAAGGAAGCUAUGGAGCUACAGCAGCUGCCCCAGAACUCAGUGCUGCCUGACACUGUUUUUAUCUGUAUCCUGGAACUAAGAUGCAUACUUUCUGUGAGUGGGUAUGAAUCCAGGAAGUGGGGGUAGUAAUUGAUGGGUUUGUGGGUGGAGGGGAGCAAGCAUUAACUAGUAUUGACUAGUUAAUUGACUAGUAUUGAAAUCCAGGUUUAUGCAUUGACUUUGGUCCAGAAUGGUGGUAACCAUCAUUAAGAGAAAUAAUUUAGCGUACAAUUUAGUUCCCAUAGGUAAAAUUAGGAAUUAGUGGGGAAAUGAAUGUAAUGACCUGGUACUGUUACAUUAAGGCUAGACUUCUGCAGGGGUGAAGGGAAAAGAAUUCCACCUCAUAGCAGUAAGGUUUGCUUUGUUUGUUUUUAGCAAUUAUUAGAUUGUAAGCCUAUGCGGCAGGGUCUUGCUAUUUACUGUGUAAUCUGUACAGCACCAUGUACAUUGAUGGUGCUAUAUAAAUAAAUAAAUAAUAAUAAUAAUAAUAAUAAUAAUAAUAAUAAUAAUAAUAAUAAUAAUAGCAAUUACAUUUCUGCAUUGAAAGGGAAUAAAUCACAUUGAUAUGGGUGGGAGAGGUGGGUGUGAAGAGACGUAGGUAAAAAGCAACGGCUGUAGGUGACGUGUAAUUUAAAAGCAGAGCAGUUCAUUUUGCAACAUAUUAAAGUUAAUGUUUGAUAUCCGUA